CGCUGCCCGGGGCCUGCAGCCGGGGUGAGGGGGGCGGGCCGGGCACCGGCGGCUCGGCAGACAGACAUUAGGGGCACAUCACCGGCCGCGCCCCGCCUCUGCCCCGGCCGCUCCGUCUGCGCACCCGGCGGGCAGUUAGGACACCCCCCCCCCCGCCGCUUCCCCCGCCCCCGGAGCGGCGGGCAGCGGCGGCGGGCGGAGGCGGCGCCAGGCGGCGGGAUGCAGUGCGGGGCCGGGCGGCGGGCGUGCGCGGCGGCGAGGGGCAGAGCCCGGCGGGCGGCGGGGCGGCCCCGCUCCCCGUGAAGAGGCGGCGCGGCAGGGCAGCGGCCGCCGCCAUGCAGCCGUUGCACCGGGCCCCGGCGUUGCUGCUGCUUCUGGCCGCCGGGACCUUGUGCCUCUGCCUUGCCUCCUCCUCGGAGCCAACCACUGAUGGCCUCACAUCAACUUCCAUGUUGGAGUUUGCCAUGAUGUCCCACCUGGAGGCUCUGAAUUCCCAUGAGCAAACCAGCCGAGAGGCUGCAGAGCCCGAUCUUGCCCCUGGCUCUUUGCAUGCUGCCCCAGGAUCAGGCUUUGCCAGCGAGGAGAAUGAGGAGUCCAAGAUCUUACAGCCCCCGCAGUACUUCUGGGAAGAUGGGGGAGAGCUCAACGACUCCAGCCUGGACUUGGGACCGGCAACAGAUUACAGCUUUCCAGCUGCAUCUCAGAAGGCCCUGCUGAAAGGGAACGGGACACAGGUGAAAGACAACUGGGAAACAGCCACUGUCCAGCCACCGGCAGAAUUUGUAGAGUCUGACUUGCACACACCUUUCUCCAGCGCUCUGGAGGAAGAGGAGGGGCUGCUCCCUAUAGACCACUCAAGAGGAGCAGUGGAGAGCCUCCAGACCUCCAGGCCAGAGGUUACAUCUUCUGAACCAGUGGGCCAAGAGGACUCCUCCUCCCUUCUGUUUUCCACAGCCUCUGCCAGGCCAGGUAUUGUGACUGAGGCAGCCAUAGGAGGGCAAGAAGAGGACUCUGUUUCUCCAGGCUUAGACCUUGGGAGCAGCAUGGGACCAGGUCUUCUGCCUGUGUCCUCUAUUUUUUCUACUACUGUUGCUGCAAGGUCUCCCAGUGUUUCAGAAGAGCCCUUUGAGGUGACAGCUGGGGACACGUGGGCUGUUGGGGGAGCAGAUUUGGAGCUGACUGUGACUGCCACAAGAGCAGAGCUUGCAGAGACCACAGUGGAGGCUGGUGGGGAAGAACAUUCGGCCGGAGAGGAGGUCUCAGAGACCAUGGUGGGGUGGGAGAUGUUGGAGCCCACGGUGCUAACUGAAAUGGAGCAGACAGUGGAAAUGCCUGCGGGGACACCCUCUCCUGGAGGCAGCUUCCCAGGCACCCAGACUCUUUCUGGGAGCGAGCAGCACCCCACUUCUUCUGCGUCUCCGUGGGACAGGGCUGAUGAACCUGUGCUGGAUCCUGUUUGGAAUGACACAGAGUCAGCCACUGAGACUGUGACAGCAGAGAGGAGCUUAUCACCGCAGGCUGGGGAUGCCCGCGUGGCCGUGCUGCCAACAGAGCUGCCCUGGGACUCAGCACAGGUGAUCUGCAAAGACUGGAGCAACCUUGUGGGGAAAAACUACAUCAUCCUGAAUAUGUCGGAUAACAUUGACUGUGAGGAGUUUCGGCUGGAGAGAGGUCCCCAGCUGUUGGCACUGGUGGAAGACGCCUUCUCCAGACAAGCAGAUGGACUGCAGGACCGCUGGCUGAUCUCUCUGAGCAAACCCAAUGAGAACGACAAGCACUUGCUAAUGACACUGGCAGGGGAACAGGGUGUCAUCCCUACAAAAGAUGUUCUUAUGGCACUGGGGGACAUUAAGAGGAGCUUAGCUGAGAUUGGCAUCCAGAACUACUCAACGACCACAAGCUGCCAGUCGCACCCCAACCAGACACGCAGUGAUUAUGGGAAACUCUUUGUUGUACUGGUGAUCAUUGGCUCCAUCUGUGCCAUCAUCAUUGUAUUGGGACUCAUAUACAACUGCUGGCAGAGACGCCUGCCCAAGAUGAAGAACAUGUCACACGGCGAGGAGCUGCGCUUUGUUGAGAACGGCUGCCAUGACAACCCCACCUUGGAUGUGGCCAGCGACAGCCAGUCAGAAAUGCAGGAGAAGAAGCCAAGCGUGAACGGUGGAAACACCAUCAAUGGCCCUGACAGCUGGGAUGUCCUGAUCAAUAAGCAGGCGAGCGAGGAUGUAGAUGUGUUUGAGGAAGACACACAUCUUUAGAAAAACAAGGGAGGGAACCACCCCCUUAAAUACACUUGUGUCUCUCCUAUCUUGACUGAUGGACCACAGGAUCAGGUGGCUUCUCAGGAACUUCUUAAAGGCUUGGAACAGGUCAAGUCUUUGGGCAAGUUUUCCCAGUAGAAGUUCUGAGGUUGCAUCUGAGGCUUGGAGCCAGGAGGAUCACUGAAGAGGGAAGCGGGAGGGGUGGGUUUGUAGGUCUGUGUGUGUGUGUUCCUAUCAGUAGCACCAAUGCUUUCAUCACCUUUAAAUGCACUUACUGUAGCUCUCUGGUAGUGGCUGAGAGUAGCUAGGCUUGAGAAGCAAGGUGGUGAGGCUAAGCCUGCCACCAAAAACCCAGCUUUGGGGGGUAAAUUCACUUCAGGAGUCCAGCUGGAGUUAUGGCAGCCAGAUCCUGACCUUGAGAUCACAUUCAGUCCCUGCAGGUGCAGUAAAACCUGUGCAUUCUGCAUGGAGGGGAGCCAAGACUCAGUCGAUGUCCUGGGCUGAGUUUCCAUUCCACAUGUGAAAAGAGGUUUUCUAGUGCUCUAGCAUUCAGCUGCUAAUUAAGAGGUUUUCUAGUGCUCUAGCAUUCAGCUGCUAAUUAGAUGGGCUGAUGUUUACAUUGGGGAAAAUACCCCACUGUCAUCUCAUUUCCCCCGUUGCACCACAAACAGCCCCAUUCCCUUUUUCAGCUCCACAGCUCCAAGCUGAGUUUGCAAAUUUUGAGCACUUUACCCUUGCUUGACUGAUUGCAGAGAAUUCAGUGCCAUGGUGCAGCAUCUUAGCUGGAAAUUUGCUUUAGGUUGGAGAGUUGCUCAAAAAGGACAUUCACAUGCCUCUUCCACGCAACAGCCUGUGAAGUCAGCAGCAAAAUCUCCCUUGUCCAAGUCUCAGUUUUAGACUGGCAGGCCUUCUCCACUCCUGUUUUCCAGCAUAGUUUGGUUUCAGUUGGUCUUUUUGAGGUCAAUGUAAAGAUUAUGUGAGACUUUUUAAACAGGGAGAAAAGUAAAAACUCGGAAACAGGUAAAUUUCUGGUCCUUUUGUUUCCUUUUCAGCAUCCUGCCUGGAGGGGGAGGGGAAUCUUUAAUGUCCCACAGGUGUAAAUCAGGGUAACAUCUUUAAAAUCACUGCAUUUAAGCAAGUGUAAAAGCCAGUUCUGAUGAGAUGAGAAUCAGAUCUAAGAGCUCCCUAAUGAACGUUUCUCAGGCAUGCCUCAGGCAACUUUGAGGCUUCAGCUCCCUGAAGACACGUGAUAAAAGGCACGUGAAUAUGCAUAAUUGUUCUCUGAGCCCUACCUAAACGGAGACUCAGUACCGUCAAGCCUGAAAUCCCAGAACAUUUGUUUCUUCUGUCAUCGAGGGAUUGAGGGACUUGCUUCGGUCAGAGGCAACAGUGCCGUAUUCCUCUCUGUUACGGUGACCUGCAUGCUUGCUUACUGCAAGAUGCAGCUUCACAUUUGGUCUUUAAGGGAACCUUUGUACAGAAGGACCCCAGAUGUGCAGCCUGAUGCUGAGCCUGUAAAACUAUCCCUGUAUGUAUAGAUAUUUUUAGCAUGUUCAUCCCUGAUGUGAGUGCCUGAAGUCAAGGUACAGGAGUCUGUUGUUUCAUUUUGCAUAGCGCUUUGCAUACAGACUGAAUCACAGAUCGCCUUGAUGUAGGACCACGUGAUAUCAGUCUAUUAGGGAUUCAAGGAAGGUGAUAGCCUUUGGUUUCCUAUCCAGAUUCUGGUUUUCAGUCUUUUUAUCCUGCCUCCAUACCUUUCCCUGUGUUUUGUAGGAGGUGGUGGUCGUCAGCUCCUUUUGUAUCUUGGUAGGGUUGCAGAGAUGCUCAGAGGAGUUCCCUUUCCUGCCCCAGCAGUUGAUAAUGGGGACCAGUCCAUGUACGUGGACAGCCACAUGUGGCCCUUCUCUGAUCACCCCUCGCUGAUGGCUCCUGCUGAGUUUGAUGGGUCUGUGUGGUGAAACUGCACAAGUUCAGUGGCUGUGUUGAUGGCACUUUGGGGCUCACAGGAUUAAAUGCAAGUUGUUGUUACAAUAUGGUAAGUUAAAGCAUGGAGUUAAAAUUUGAGUUUGUAUAAGCACUUAGCAUAACAGGGCCUGGCAUGGCUGUGGCCUUUAGGCAGUUUCACUGUAUAAAUGUUUCUAAGUCCAAUAAUCCUCAUUAAAUAUGUUUUUAAUGCCCAGUGGCUAUUAAAAAGAUAACACCACCAAUCCAAUGUGAAUCAGUUCACCCCCAAAGCACUUCCUUGGUGCACGUCAUUGCUAGGAGCUGCUUUGCUGCCCUGUCCUCUUUCCACUUGACUAAUUCAGAGAAGCAACAAGGUGCUGAUAAAGCAAUGCUGCUGGCUGGGUUCAGCACCUCCUGAUCUGGUGUAGAGUCUUCAAACUUUAAAGAAACCAAGGUCUCUCCUGCAUCCGGAGCAUCCAGGCGAUCUUAUUGUCUAAGGGUGGCUGUCACAAGGCUGAGAACAAUCUUUUGGCUGUCUCUGACAGCGUGCACCUGGCUGUAUGAUCUGUUUAGCUCCAGAAAUCCACUGAUUAAUAGCCUUUCAUUUUAGUCUGGUGAUACUUUUUAUACCUUUACCAUUUGGGUUUUCUCUGUAUCGGUUUUUUUGCACUAGGCUGAUCUUGUUAAGUCGAUUGCACUGUUGUCCCUCUCCCGCCAGCCUUGCAGAGACAGGACCUGCAGGCUGGGGAGCACUGCAGAGGCUGCUGACAGCCCACUUAGCUCUGUUCAGUGCUUGGGUUUCUAGCUCUGCACAGAGGGGGUUUAAAGAGGAAGAGAAACUUUGUCUUAGCAUUUGUAACAGGAAGCUUUUCUAUCACCUUAAUGUAGUUAAACUUCUUUUUAAGAAAAACUGUCAAAGCUGGACUUCUCAGAGCGGUGGCCAGACCUGGACUUCCCAGGCGACAGAGCAGAUGCAGGAGACAAAAUAAUUCGUGGAAAACUGUUUUCCACCUAUUGGGACUUCAGUGCCCAUCGUCCAAACGUUUGAUCGCACUGACACCUGCUGGCUGCUGGAAGUUGAAGACGAAACAUAAAAAUCAGAAAAGAGAAAGGACUUUUCCCCACUCUUAGCUGUGGGUGUUUGUUUCCUUUGACUUGCCUAGGACGGUCACCUGCUUCAUUCACGAGGGGUUUGCUGGACUCGCCUGUGAGCAGGGGCGCUUGCACCUGGCACAUAAGGGGUGGUUUGUAUGAGGACAUCCCCAUCUGCAGAGCAAUGAGAUGGGACAUCCCCUGGAGACUCUGGGUAGCAAUACCGGGUUUCAGCUCCAUCUCCCCACUUUCUCCUCCGCUUGCACCCUCUCCUCUCGGGCAGCACAGCCAGAAAGCAGAGGCUCUGGCUUGAAAUGGAGGUGUUUCUUCAGAGAGAGAAUCAGGUGCAGGUGUGAAGAGCUUUGUGCCCCAGGGAAUGCUGGCAAUGGUGUUGGCUGGGUGCACAGCCAAGAUCAGAGUGGCUGUCUGUCUCUGUGGGAUGGUGGCCAGAUGUGGUCUGGGAUAGCCAAGCUGCAUAUUACUCUGAGAUGUUGCCCAGAUGUCUGGAAAAUUGUCCAUAAUAUGGAGUCCGAUGGGCGCUAGGACUUUGCGUCCUGCAGACUGCCUCAUGGUAUGUAGGGUGUAAAGGAACAAUGAGAAGUGACCCCAGUACCUAUGCUGUGGAGUAUGUAAUGCAGGUUGAGAAUACAGUUCAAGAUCCCAUCUUGAGGAUCCCUCCAGGCAAAGGAUGCAGUGUGAGAUGGAUAUGUUACAGUGUGGAUUAUUGCAGUAUGACCUUAGAGCAUCGCAGCAGGAUCCCACUGCAACCACUGCCAUCAGCAGGGAGUCUGUUCCCGUCCGCCUUUGCAGCCACGCAGAAGCACCUCUUUCCUUCACAGAGGGUUUGGGGGCAGCUCAGACAGAGACGACAAGCACCUUCAUCCGUGCUGGCUCAUGAGAGCCUCGUGGGCCCAGCUCUGCUCCCAGCCAGGCUCCCAGCCGUUCUUCUCAACACCCUCAUUCCUGCUGGACCUAAACUGUCUGCCAGCCCUGGCCACUGCUUGGGAUUGCUGCCGGAGAACACUUAGAAACACUCGCGUCUGGCCCUGGAAGCGACAGGGUUGUGGUUUUGUUUUCUUUGCAAUAAAACGCACCUCCUGGGUGUCUGAACACCGA